GGCGCAGCCUCCUUCCGGCUCCCCGGGGCCGGGCCGCGGCGACGGGCCGGACGCGCUGGCACAUGCGCAGUGGCGCUCCACGUGAACGUGUGCGUUUCUCCUCAGACCCGAGGAUGCCGCCCGAACGCCGGAGCCGGACGAAGGCGGAUCGGAGAGCCGGCGUGACGCCGGGGAGGAAAGCCAGACCCGGGAGCGGCAGGACGGCCCGGAAGUCCGCCGGUUCAUCCCAACGGACGCAGCCGGCCGGGCCGAGGGCGGCCCCUAGCGCGGUCACCGCGGCGGCGGCGGCGGCAGCGGCGGUGGCGGCGGCGGCGGAGGAGAGCCGGCUCCGGCAGCGGAACCGCUUGACGCUCGAAGACGACAAGCCGGCCGCCGAGCGGUGCCUGGAGCAGCUUGUCUUCGGCGACGUCGAGGGCGACGAGGACGCGCUGCUGCGGCGGCUGGGCAGCUCGCGGGGACAACUGCAUGGAAGCUCAGAUGACUCGGAAGUGGAAAAUGAAACGAAAGAUAAUCUUCCUCAGAAGAAGAAGCCAGUUUGGGUGGAUGAAGAUGAUGAGGAAGAGGAAAUAGUUGAUAUGAUGAACAAUCGGUUUCGGAAAGAUAUAAUGAAAAAUGCCAGCGAAAGUAAACUUACAAAAGAUAAGCUUCAAAAGAGGCUUAAAGAAGAAUUCCAGCAUGCCAUGGGAGGAGUACCUGAUUGGGCAGAGACUGGGAGCAAGCGGAGAACGUCUUCAGAUGAUGAAAGUGAAGAGGAUGAAGACGAUUUGUUGCAAAGGACUGGGAAUUUCAUAUCCACAUCCACUUCUCUUCCAAGAGGAAUCUUGAAGAUGAAGAACUGCCGGCCUGCCAAUGCUGAACGGCCUACCACUGCUCGAAUCUCAUCAGUGCAGUUCCAUCCUGGUGCACAGGUGGUGAUGGUCUCUGGGGUAGAUCAUGCUAUCUCAUUGUUUCAGGUUGAUGGCAAAACAAAUCCUAAAAUCCAGAGCAUCUAUUUGGAAAAGUUUCCAAUCUUUAAGGCUUGUUUCAGUGCUAACGGAGAACAGGUUUUAGCCACAAGUAUGCACAGCAAGGUUCUUUAUGUCUAUGAUAUGAUAGCUGGAAAGCUAACUCCUGUACACCAAGUGAGAGGUUUGAAAGAGAAAAUAGUGAAGCGAUUUGAAGUCUCCCCAGAUGGAUCCUUCUUGCUCAUAAGUGGCAUUGCUGGGUUUUCUCAUUUGCUCUCAAUGAAGACCAAAGAACUGAUUGGUAGCAUGAAGAUUAAUGGGAGAAUUUCAGCAUCCACAUUCUCUUCAGAUAGUAAGAGGAUAUAUACCUCUUCUGUGAAUGGAGAAGUUUAUGUGUGGGAUGUGAAUUCAAGGAAGUGUAUGAACAGAUUUCUUGAUGAAGGCAGUUUAUGUGGAUUAAGCAUUGCUGCAUCAAAGAAUGGACAGUAUGUGGCUUGUGGUUCUAAGAGUGGAGUGGUAAACAUAUAUAAUCAAGACUCUUGCCUCCAACAAACAAACCCAAAGCCAAUAAAAGCUAUAAUGAACCUGGUUACUGGUGUUACUUCCUUGACCUUCAAUCCCACUACAGAAAUCUUGGCAGUGGCUUCAAGAAAAAUGAAAGAAGCUGUCAGAUUGGUUCAUCUUCCUUCCUGUACAGUAUUUUCUAACUUCCCAGUUUUUAAGAAGAGUGUUGUUUCUCGUGUUCAAACCAUGGAUUUUUCUCCCAGAAGUGGAUACUUUGCCUUGGGGAAUGAGCAAGGCAGGGCCCUGCUGUAUAGGUUGCAUCAUUACUCAGACUUCUAAAGAUUUCUUUUUUGAAAUCCAGUUGAAAAAGCCCAUUUCAGCACAUCUUCCCAGAAAUUUUCAAGUGUGUAUAAUAAUAACUUGUGAAAUCUACUUAAAUUAGCAGCAAUGUCUUAAUAAAUGUAUAACUUUUGUUUGAAAAUAA